CGAGCUUGGCUUCCUGAGAUCUUCCUAGCUACAUUUCUUCUUCCCUCCCUAGCGAGACCAUAGCUAGAGAAGAAGAGAUACAGCAACAUGUCGAGCCGCAGAUCGAGGAUCACCGGCAAGGAGAUCAAUGAGCUCGCCUCUAAGCUGCGGUCUCUGCUCCCGGAGUCUCGCCGCAGGAACAUGAGCCGGGUGUCGGCGUCCAAGUUGCUGAAGGAGACAUGCAGCUACAUCAAGAGCUUGCACCGCGAGGUGGACGACCUCAGUAGCCGCCUCUCCGACCUGAUGUCGACGAUGGAGACCGACAGCCCUCAGGCCGAGAUCAUUAGGAGCAUCCUCGGCUCCUAAGUUUAGCCGAUCUAGUGUUGUAUUAUGUAGACGAUCUCAGGGACUUCCCUGGCUGUGCCUGUCACCCUCUGUAAUAUGUAUUAACAGCAUCCAGUAGCAUUGCUUGUGCUUGAUGGC